AUGCAGACGGCUACCCUGAGGGCGCCCAUGCUGCAGCCAGCAAACACGGCUUCAGACCCUGCCUGGUCGUCCGUGGGUCAGCUGCUGCAGUCGGCGUACACCCUGCCUUGCUCGACGGCGGCCCAGGCGUUCAUGCAUCUCGUGCAGCCAACGUCGCGCUUCCAGCUGGCUCUUGAUGCGCUGUUACCCCUUCUCGAUGCACGGGUCCAACUGGAGCAGCGCAUCCUCGUCUCUUAUAUCUUAUUUGCCUUGUAUACGCCUUAUCCGAUAUCUAUUAAUCCUUUCAAGUCCGCCUUGUAUGCUACGUUUGUGAGGGAGAGGGACGCGGCUGCGCGCAUAGCUGCGAGUGGGGGCGAGAGUGAUACAGAGCAGCUGGUAUGGGUUCUAUGGAAGAUACUGAAGGGAGAUGGCAACGAUCUUGGUCCGUAUUCUCCAAAUACACUCGCUCGAUCACGGACGCAACAUCCGCGGCUACGGGCAUCUAAUCUGACUUUGGAUGAGGAGAACCCAGCUUCAGAUCCUGACGAUAUGACCAACAGUUCUGGCAUGACGAACAAGUUGAACGCGGUCCAGCAAGGUCCCUCCAAGCCGCAGCUGCCCCAGGAGCAAAAGGUCACCGCGGAAGAGGAUGACAGGAAUGAGAAACUGUCGAGAGCGAUGUCAUUACUCUUGGCUGGGCGGAGUCGAACGUUGAACUUGUCCGAGCAGCGUCUCGUGAACUCGCUCAUCCCAGAGCUUGUAGCACCGCCCGUGCUCACGUCGGUGGAUCUACCUCAGUUCAUCCAUUUCAACGCCGGCCUCGCGCACCCUCUCAUGGCAGCUCUCAUAUCGCGUCCUCCCUCCUCAUCGAACCGGCAAGGCGCAGCAACGUACGUCGACGUUCUCCGCAGGCUUCCGCCAACGUUACCUUCGUUUGACCUGAUCGGGCGACUCUUGCGCGAUACGACGCCAACGACGGACUCUGUCACCGGCGGGAGGACAACGGUCGCCGACAUCGUGCGGUUGGAGGCUCUAGGCGGUUUUGUCCACGGAUGCAUCGAGUGGGUGGAGAAUCGCGAGGCGGAGCAGAAGGACGGAUUGAUCAGCGACGACCAGGCCGCCCAGGGGGCCCAAAAUCUUUGUCGGUUCUACAACUCCCUCAUUAAGAUGGGCAUCGUCGACCCGGAUUCGGAAGCCGAUUCUGCUGAGAUGAUGUACUUCAGCCUGCGUUAUUCGCGCUACGAGGACGCCAAUACGCUGUAUCGCAACUUGGCAGCGGGCCGCUUCUGA